UUUACACCCUUUUUGAAAGAUGCGAACAAGGUAUUGCUGCGCUACUAUUUAUUUAUUUUCAAAUUUGCUUUAUAACUGCCGCUACAAGCAUAUACCGUACAUUUGCUCUCUGAUAGCCGAACGAUGGCGUGUCUGAGAUUUUUGCGCAACUUCCAAACGAGCCACUUGCUCUCUGCCGCUGGACUGGUGGUUGCGGCCGCCGGGACAGUGUACCUCGCUCGCCGAUUCUGGAGAACGGCGGAGCUGGAGGAAGACCAACAGCACCUGCUGGCAUUAGAGGACUCUGAUGCCAGUGCAGACCUGGAUCUCACCCUGGAUGAGAUUGUUAAUGAAGACAACGGACAGGUCAUGACCUGGGAUUUCAGCCCGUUGUUCUGUGGACCCGUUGCUGCAGUGAGAUACUGCCAGUCUGCCGAAUGCCCGGCACCGACGGGGAGCACCACCUUCCACAGCCAUUAUGAGCUGAGCCUUGACAUGCUGGUCAUUAAGGACUCACUGGAACAUUGUACCAGCGUUUGUGGCAAUCAAGUGGAUCUCUGGGUGAAGAAUACCAGAGGAACAAUGGCACUGAGUCCGGAUGGCUUGUCCAUGGUCACCAUGACACUGCAGUCCGUCACAGGCUUCAAGCUGGUAGCUCGGAAGGUGGUGAUGUACGCGUCCUUCUGCAUUCUGGACGCUAACCAGCUCACCAGAUACAGCGACCAUGUGCAAACAGUCUGGAUGGGGAAAUAUUUCGGCAUGAUCCUGGGGCUGGAUGGAUUACUGUCGACGUACGAAUGGAAAGACAGCAAGAAUGAGGACCAGCCGACGGAGCCUUGCCAGUCUGACCAUGAGGCUGCUGAUGAGGAAUUGCCACCUGUGGCCAGAGAGAUGCCCUGCUUAUACAUCUAUCUCACCAGAAGAGGGUUUGCAGAUGUUCCAUGCAAACUGGCAGCCCUUCGCCAGGCUUUCUCAACACUCAUCAGCCAAGGAUUUUACCAGAAAGAUCUCAUCCGAGCUGGUAAAAUGAUUCUUGGUGGACUGGCCCAGAUCAACAACAGGGACAUCCAUGCCUUUGAAACGGCAUUUGAGCAGUUCCUGGCCUUCCUUGGCGACCCAGCGAAAAGAGACAUCAUGCAGAGGGAACUGGCCGAGGCGGGGAUCUGCCAAUUUGGAUUUGUGGACGUUGCGUUGGAGUUCGUUGUCUUUUGGUUUCUGGGUGUUCGCAACGUCCUGAAAAUGGAGUCCGGCGGAUUUGUGGACUAUUGCUCCAGAGUCCUGGAGUCUUUCAGCCCACUCGGUGGCUGGAAGGCGAAAGACACGAACUACUGGGAGAUAGUCAUGGUCCAGAUACUGUCCUUCUUAGAUGAAGUCUUCUUCAAGGACACAAGCAUUUUCCAGGAUCCACAAUAUCUAGAGGAGGAAGUGUGGAACAGCACUGAAGACCAUCUUAAUAUCCUUUUAACAUGGCUGGGUUCGCUACACUCCAGCCCUUAAAAAUUACUAUAGAAUUAGAUACAUAGUGUAGGUCGUUUUUCUGCCUUUUGGCAAUGGUCAGGGUACAUGGGGUGAGCUUGGGGUCUUGGGCUAUUUUGAUUCCUGUGUUUUUAUUAGUCUAGACAUCCGAAUGGGAAACGUCGACCCCCCCGUGCGACUCCCAAGGACCUUCCCACCACACCAUCGCCAGGAUGCCCAGGAGCCCAGAGAGGACCGCCGUCAUCAUCCGGCGCACUGCAGCUUUCCUCUGGACUUACUUGAAGGACCUGGAGAGCAUCGCGGAGAGAGGGACCUUCAUCUGUGAAAUUCUGUCCAGUCUCCUGGAGUUCAUCAUGGAGGACAUCACCUGUGUACAGCGGAACGGGCCUUCUCCUUCUCCUACGUGUCCUCUGUGUUUGGAUCAAUGUGAUUUUGCAUUUGCAAAGAGUGUGACAUUUUAAAAAAAUUUAGAAAUUUAAUAUUACAUAUGUAUAAUACUUACUUGUAGCAGUAUUACUAUUAUUACUGUUGUUGAUAUUGUUAUAAUUUUUUAUUGUUAUCAUCAUUUUUCUUUUUUUUGUUUAGUUGAUUUUAUUUAUUUUUUUAAUCUUUAUUUUUAUUUUAUUGUCAUGACCCGGCUCGUCGGCUCCUCGUGUGUGCCACGCCCCCUGAUUACCCACAUGUGCUUCCCUGAUUGUUUCCAGCUUUGUCUGAUUACUUUGCUUAGUCUUGUCCUAUUUAAGUCUUGGUCUUACCUGUUGCCCUCGUCCGUCAUUGUGGAUUCGGUGUGGUGUAUGUUCCCUACUCCUGUAGUGUUAAUAAACCCCAGUUUAGCCCUGA